GGUGUCUCGUUGAAAAGUUCUCAGCCUUGAGGGCUGAGCCUCUCGGUCGAGUUGCCGGGUGAUAGCGCGCUGCAAAUUUUUCCAAAUCAGCAAAGUUUUAAUAAGUUUAAGUCCAUUAAUUACUGUUAUUAAUCUUAAUUAUCGAAGUGAUUAAUUAGUCGUUAAGAGCAAUAAGCGGUGGAACACUAGUAUAAAGAACCGGUCUCGUGUAAUUUCAAUCAAUUUCCUUAAAAUUACUUAAUUUAAUUAUCUGCUAAUACUGGAUGUUAAUUUAUCGAUUAAUAAAACCAAAACUGCCGUUUUGGUCUGCAAAUUCGAGCCAGUUGCUUUUCCGAUGCUCUGCGAGCUUGAAAGGGGAAUCGCCGCCGUCGAAAAUGGAGGAGGCAUUGAUUCUGACGCCGACGCAUAAGUACGCGGCGGGCGCUCUGUUCGCUCUGGCGCUCCACCAGUCGCAGGUCCACCAGACUCGCCAAUCGACUCCUCCUUUGCCUUCCCUGAAAGAAGAGACCAUCGGCGAAGGUGCCAGCGUCGGUAAGAGCGUUUCGGUUUCGGACAAUGAUGGCCUUUGGGUCCACGAGAAUUCCGGUUUGCUUUAUCCCAUUUUCAGAUUUUUAGGAGUGGAUGACCAAUCCUGGAAGGGGCUAAAGGAAACAGCAGGAUCUUCUUCACAAGUUAGGCAUCAUGUAGGAGCGUUCUUGACAUUACUCUCGGAGGAAGCUGAUGUGCCUUCUGAGGAAAAAACUGACAAGGAACGCGCUUUGACAAAAACCGUUGAUGCCAUGGUACUUACUGAGGAAGACUCUCCUGCUUCUUCAGCAGAGAAACCUGUGAAUGCUGAAUAUGAAGCUAAAUGCCGCGAGAGAUAUGAAGUUACUGGGACAAAACCACCGUCUGAGGUAGAGGCAAAGCCUUAUGAGAUUAUAACAAGGACAAGUUCCGAGACAUCCACUGAAGAAAAAGCAUUAAAUGUAUCUGAACCCCUAGAGGAACCUGUGGAAGAGGGAAACCUGCUCAGUUACGAAAGGAAAAUAACACUUCUUUAUGCACUUCUUUCAGCUUGUGUGGUAGAUAAUAUUGAAGAUGGCGAUAAGUGUUCUCAAGUAAGGAAGGGUUAUGAUGCUCGACACCGUGUAGCAUUGCGGUUGCUGGCAGCAUGGCUUGGGGUUGAAUGGCGAAAAAUGGAAGUCAUGGAGGUGAUGGUUGCUUGUUCUUUUAUGGCUUCAACAAAAGAAGUUACUGAUGACAACAAAACAAAAACUUCAGAAAUCUCAUGGGAGGAAAUGAAGCGGGGAGGUCUAAUUGGUGCAGCUGCUUUAACAGGGGGAACCUUGAUGGCUAUCACUGGUGGCCUAGUCGCUCCUGCAAUUGCGCAGGGUUUAGGUGCUCUAGCUCCAACAUUGGGUGGUAUUAUCCCUGCAAUUGGAGCAGGUGGAUUCGCUGCUGCUGCAACUGCCACUGGGUCUGUUACUGGUUCUGUUGCUGUUGUUGCAUCAUUUGGAGCUGCUGGAGCUGGACUUACGGGGAGUAAAAUGGCUAGAAGAACUGGCAACAUUGAAGAAUUUGAGUUUAGGACCGUUGGAAAUUAUGAGAAAGGGCGGCUAGCAGUGGGAAUAUUGGUUUCUGGACUUGUUUUCGAGGAUGAAGACUUUAUAAGGCCUUGGGAAGCUCAUAAUGAAAAUUUGGAAAGGUAUGCACUCUGGUGGGAGUCUAAGAAUUUGAUUGCAUUGAGCACUGCAAUCCAAGACUGGCUUACUUCACGAAUUGCAUUACAGUUGAUGAAAGAAGGUGCCAUGUUAACUGUAUUAAACACACUUCUAGCAGCAUUUGCUAUGCCGACAACAUUAGUCACGGCAUCUGAUCUUAUAGAUAGCAAAUGGGCAGUUGCAGUGGACAGAUCAGACAAAGCUGGGAAGAUGCUCGCUGAAGUCCUGCUGAAUGGACUGCAAGGGGGCAGGCCAGUGACGCUCAUAGGAUUCUCGCUGGGGGCCAGAGUAAUUUUCAAAUGUCUUCAAUGUUUGGCUGAAACAGAAGGGGAUAACGCUGGUCUGGUAGAAAGGGUUGUACUUCUGGGAGCGCCAGUUUCGGUUGAAGAAGAAAAUUGGAGUGAUGCUAGAAAGAUGGUGGCCGGGAGAUUCGUGAAUGCCUAUUCUAUAAAUGAUUGGACACUGGGAAUCGCCUUUCGUGCUAGUUUACUUUCUCAAGGUUUAGGUGGAAUUCAACCUGUUGAUGUCCCUGGGAUUGAAAAUGUUGACGUGACGCAAAUUGUCGAAGGCCACUCUUCGUAUCUUUGGAAGACGAAACAGAUCUUGGAGCAGCUCGAACUCGACUCCUACUACCCUGUUUUCAAAACAACAACGAUGACACCCCCGGCGGAGGAAAAUAGCUCUGUCAAACAGUUCUGAAUCUUCCGAUCGUCUUGGUCCUUCUCAGUUCCAUUCUCUCUUAAGAAAUGUAUAUUUUAUUGAAUAUUUAUGUUCGAAAACUAAAAUAAUCAAUCAAAAUGCGAGCGGUGCCUGGGCAUAGCUAGGAUAGAGUUACAUCGAGUAGAACA